AUGCAGUCGCCGACGGCGCCGGCGGGCGUGUCGAGCAUGAUGGGCGCGGCGCCGGACCGGAAGGGUGGCACAGUGGAUGGCCUGGGGUUCGGGGCCGCGAUGGGCGCGCAGCAGCCGCUCGCUGCGGAUGGUGCGGUGCACAAGGCGCAGGGUGCGCUCAACGGCGUGGCGGCGGCGACAGCGGCGGGCGCGCAGGCGGCGCCCCAGCAGAAGACGGGGCUGGACGCGAGCACGCGCAUCUCUGAGGUGCCCCUGAAGGACGUGGGCACGCUCAUCCCGCCGCUGGGGGAGGACGAGAUCGCGAAGGUCAAGGCGUGGAUGAAGGUCGAGAAGGAGUACGAUGUGCGGCACAAGGCGAUGCGCGAGCAGAUGCACAAGGAAGUGCUGGCUACGAUCGGCAAGCCGCGGGCGUGGUGGGAGAAGGACGCGGUCGUGGACGACGGCCGGGUCGCCCCGCGGCGGAGACCCGAGAAGUUUGCGCUGACGGGGCUGAAGAACAAUAAGGACCGUGAGAUGCGGGAUAGACGCAAGGCUGGGAAGCGAGAGGGGUUCAAGCACCCGAGGAGACUCAAGCCCGAGGACGCGAACCGCCCGGAGCAGCUUGUCCCCAUCCGGCUGGAGUUUGAUGUUGAACAUCAGAAAAUGCGAGAUGCGUUCGUGUGGAACCUGAAUGACCCCGUCGUCACGCCCGAGGUGUUUGCGCAGUCGAUCGUCGACGACUACGGGCUGGCGCCCAGCUACCAUACAGUCAUCACGAAGGCUAUCCAGGACCAGCUGAGCGACUUCAAAGCGCACUCGACCACCUUUGGCGAGGACGGCAUCGUGGCCGUCUCCCCAGAUGGCGACGACGGCGUGCAAUGCGGCAGCUUGGACGGCCAGGAUGCGGAGUGGUGGGAGGCGUGGCGGGAGAGGGUGCGGUCAGACACCUUCUUAAAGCAAGUCAGCAAACGCCCAGAUAAUCGGAGCCGAAAACGGCGAAAGGUGGUCAAGGAGGAGGCUAUCGAACAGACAGAGCUUGCAGGCUUACCGGGGUCCGAAGUCCCGAUGACCGUUGAUGAGUUUGAGGAGGAAGACACCUCGUUGCAGGAGGAGAUGCGUAUCCUUGUGAAGCUUGAUAUCAUCGUGGGCCCCAUGAAGCUCGAGGACCAGUUUGAGUGGAAUCUGGAUAAUGACGAUCCCUCUCCCGAGCACUUUGCGGAGAUAUAUGCGCAAGAUCUGGGGCUGGGCGGCGAGUUCAAAACGGCGAUCGCCCACUCCAUCAGGGAGCAGGUUCAAAUCUACCAAAAGUCUCUCUUCCUCGUGGGCCAUCCGUCAGACGGGUCCGCGGUGCAGGAUGACGAUCUCCGAAUGUCCCUUCUGCCCUCGCUGACCACCGGCGCUCGGGCGAUGGAUCAAGUCACCGCGUUCACUCCGAUCAUCAACUAUCUGAGUGAUAGUGAGAUCGAGCGCAAUGAGAAGGAACGCGAGAAGGAGCUCAAUCGGCGGAGACGAAAGACGACUCGCGGCAGACGCGGCGUCGCCCUGCCUGAUCGAGAACCUCCCAAAACGUUCCGCACGCCUGCCAUUGGGUUCCCCGAGGUCGACGCAGCCACGCUCAGUCUACUCAAUGCCGCAGCGGCGCCAACGUCGCGACGGGCCGCUGCGGCAGCGGCGUCUCUUACUAUCGCCAACAUGGUUGCCUCUGAAAACGGGACGGUCGUCCUGCCGCCCAGUCAGCCAAUGCCUAUUACACCUGCCGCAUCGACAGCACCGAAGGAGAAGAAGCCCAAGGGUCUGUUCAAGCCCCCAUCGUAUCCCUCAAGCGUGCUCCGCACGCGCCCGUACCCCGUGCAGUCCACGGUGGCCGACCCUUCUAGCUUCCCUCCGCCUAUGGAAAAUGACUUGCCCUUGCCAUCGAACAUUGAUAACAAGGGUGCUCGUGUUAUGCUGCCAUUUAAGAAGGCCAAGGAAUUGGAGAGGGAGGCUAAGGAGAAGGAAUAUGUGGACGGCCAGCAUGCGAACAUGAUUGACGGAGUAUGGCAUUGUUCCAACUGUGGCUGUCCGGAGAGUAUCGCCAUCGGUCGCCGAAAGGGCCCCCUGGGAGACAAGUCGCAGUGUGGUACAUGUGGUAAAUUCUGGCAUCGGCAUCGCCGACCACGUCCUGUGGAGUACAACUCGAAUGCGGAGUACCAUAUUAAUCUGCUCAGAGAAGCGGAGCAAGCCAGGGUCGCCGCGAAGCGGAAGCGUCCCCCGCCUUCGACGGAACAGCCUACGCCGGCGCCUACAGAAGAUGCCGAUGUUGAGACAGGGACCCCCAGCCGUCCAGAUAACGGACUUCGUGUUGAAAUCCCCACUGUUUCUAGCAUUGGAUCAGCGGUCUCGUCUAGAGAUCGAGAACGGCCAACGUCUCCAGGUUCCACGACUUCCAGCGCCAGCGAAUCCCCCCUCGCGCAGAGGACUGUCAGGUCGAAUGGAACUGGACAUUCUAAGUCGGCUCCUCCAGAUAAUGGCCCCCAAGACGCAGAGGCCGAUAAUACCCCAACUGGAACUGCCCCGCCCUUGGCAUCACCACAACCACCUCGUCCAUCAGCGCCUCCUCCAUAUACGUAUCAAUCUCUGCCCAUCCCUGCAUGGUUGAGAGAGGCGAUGAUCGAGUUGCAAACCAAAUACCCCCACGACCUGUUCGAAGUCACCAUCCGCAGAGCAAAUCCACAGGCGAACCCCGAAUGGCGCCUGAAGUGCUUGGAUUGCCCAGGAAAACUUUACACACCAGGCCCCGGCGAGACGUUGCAGAACUACGAGGUGCAUCUGAGGAACCGUCAGCACCGACAGAAAGUGAACGCGCGCAUCGGUUUGCCGACGGCGACGGCGUGA